GAGGCGUAACCCGCUGCGGGGCGGAGAAGGGGGGCUUCCACGGAUAUACGAGGUUUGGUUUUGAACCCGCUGCCAACAAGGAAGCGAACAGCUGGGAUAACACGGAAGGACGAGCGACUGCAGCCUUUAUUUUGACUCUAGCCAAAGUUAACGGGAUUCGUUGCGUUUUAUUUUUUUCUCUGCUCGGGUUUGUCCGUCGCGAGGUGAGCGGGUCAACAUGUCUUCCAUGGACUUGGAGAAGCUGAAGAUGACGGGAGCAGGUCGGGCCAUAGCGGUGCUGACCAGCGGCGGAGAUGCACAAGGCAUGAACGCCGCUGUCCGAGCCGUGACCAGAAUGGGCAUUUACGUCGGCGCCAAGGUGUAUCUCAUCCACGAGGGGUACCAAGGCCUGGUGGACGGGGGAGACAACAUAAAGCUUGCACACUGGCACAGUGUGACCAACAUCAUCCAGCUGGGUGGCACGGUGAUCGGUAGCGCCCGCUGCAAGGCCUUCCAGACGCGCGAGGGCCGCAUCGCCGCCGCCUUCAACCUGGUGAAGAAAGGCAUCACCAACCUGUGCGUGUGCGGCGGAGACGGCAGCCUCACCGGAGCCAAUAUCUUCCGCAGCGAGUGGAGCGGCCUGCUGGAUGAGCUCGUGCAGAAAGGAAGGAUCACGGACACGCUGGCGAUGCAGCACAACAAUCUGAACAUCGUCGGGCUUGUGGGAUCCAUAGACAACGACUUCUGCGGCACUGACAUGACCAUCGGGGCUGAUUCUGCGCUGCACCGCAUCAUGGAGAUAGUCGACGCCAUCAUGACCACCGCAAACAGCCACCAGCGCACUUUUGUUCUGGAAGUCAUGGGCCGGCACUGUGGGUAUCUGGCUCUGGUGUCAGCGUUGGCAUCUGGAGCGGACUGGCUCUUCAUUCCAGAGGCUCCUCCGCUCGAGGGCUGGGAGGACCGCAUGUGCGCUCGUCUGGAGAGGAGCCGAAACAAGGGGUCAAGACUCAACAUUAUAAUUGUUGCAGAGGGAGCCAUCGACUCAAAUGGAAAGCCGAUCUCUUCAGCUUACAUAAAAGAUCUGGUGGUGAAGAGGCUGGCCUACGACACCAGGGUGACGGUGCUGGGACACGUUCAGCGAGGAGGAACUCCGUCUGCGUUUGACAGAAUACUGAGCACCAAGCUGGGUGUGGAGGCAGUCAUUGCCCUAAUGGAGGCCUCUUCCGACACUCCGCCCUGUGUCAUCGGCCUCUCCGGCAACCAUGCAGUGCGUUUGCCCCUCAUGGAGUGUGUGGACAUGACCAAGUUGGUGCAGAAAGCCAUGAACGAGAAGAGGUUCGACGAAGCUGUUAAACUUCGUGGCGGGAGUUUUGAGAACAACUGGAACAUCUACAAGCUUCUGGCUUUCCCCAAGCCUGUCACUACCGCGAGCAAUUUCUCUAUGGCCAUUCUGAACGUGGGCGCUCCAGCUGGAGGCAUGAAUGCGGCGGUCAGGUCAGCGGUGAGAGUUGCCCUCGCUCACGGGCACAAGGUCUAUGGUGUCCACGACGGCUUUGAAGGACUCGCCAACGGAUCGAUAUUCGAGAUGAAAUGGCACAAUGUGGCCGGAUGGACGGGCCAAGGAGGCUCACUCCUGGGGACAAAGAGAACCCGUCCUGCUAAGUGCAUGGAGAAAAUUGUGGAGAACAUUAGCAAAUACAACAUCACAGCUCUGCUCGUCAUUGGCGGAUUUGAGGGAUACGAAGGUGUGCUGCAGCUGUAUGAAGCCCGGGGCCACUACGAUGAGCUCUGCAUCCCAAUGUGUGUCGUCCCGGCAACCAUCAGCAACAACGUCCCUGGAACUGACUUCAGUCUGGGAGCUGACACUGCUGUCAAUGCUGCCAUGGAGGGAUGCGACAAGAUUAAGCAGUCUGCUUCGGGGACAAAGAGGCGAGUGUUUGUGGUCGAGACGAUGGGUGGAUACUGUGGUUAUCUGGCAACCUCCACUGCUAUCGCCGUGGGUGCUGAUGCUGCUUACAUAUUCGAAGAGCCAUUCAACAUCCAUGACCUCAAGACCAACGUGGAGCAUUUGGCUGAAAAGAUGAAGAAGGACAUCCAGCGAGGUCUAGUGCUGAGGAACGAGUACUCCCACGAGAACUACAACACGGACUUUAUUUACAAGCUGUAUUCAGAGGAAGGAAAGGGCGUCUUUGACUGUAGAGUGAACGUGUUGGGACACCUCCAGCAGGGUGGCGCACCUUCUCCCUUUGAUAGGAAUUUCGGCACCAAGUUGGGUGUAAAGGCAACCCAGUGGCUAUCUGAGAGGAUGACUGAAAACUUCAGACAAGGUCGCGUGUUCGCCAACGCCCCGGAGACAGCGUGUGUGCUUGGCCUGAACAGGAAGGUCGUCUCAUUCAUUCCUGUAACUGACCUGAAGGCCAUCACUGAUUUUGAGCACCGGAUGCCCAAGGUUCAGUGGUGGUUCAACCUGAGACCAAUGCUGAAGAUGUUAGCCAGGUACCAAACUAAUUUCGUUGAAUAUGUCCCUGGAGAGAUCGAACACGUGACUCGACGCUCCAUCAGCAUUGAUGCUGGAUACUAGGCUCUCUAUAACAGUACUUCUGUAUGCAAUUUUCAACCCUUAUCUUUCCCUCCUUGGUCUUAUUUUCACUCAGGAGUGGGGUGUUUUUAAUGCCUCUAAAGUUUUGAUGUCUUACUCUUGAGUCAACAUGAGGCUAAACUCCUCAAUAGCAUUCUUAGUAUCUCUAAUCAGUGGCAUUCUAACUACUAAAGAUCAAGUAACAUUAAGGCUAAUUUGCAGUAUUCAUUUAUUUACUGACACAUUUAAUACAGAAAAAUUUUGUAUUUCCUCCAAGGUGCUUGUAAGGGGUUUUUUUCUACACAAAUUGCUGCUAUAAAAUGGACAACCGGCUGUGCCACCAAACCAAAGUUUUACAGAACAUUUAUUGGAUAUCAUGCAUGCAACAAAUGAAUGUAGACAACGUAGUGUGAAUUUCUUACUUUAAAAACCACAGAGAGAAAACGCAUACAUUCUGAGCCAUAAAGUAUAUAAGCAGGAGCCUUCAGCAAAAUAAAUAAAUGCUGGUCAUGUUUUAACUUGCCAUUCCUGAACAUUAACACAUUUUACAACGUUGUGUGUUUUAUCUGAAUAUUUUGUGUGACUAAUGUGACUGUGUAACUCAAGGGACCCUCAAGGUGUUCAUUUCCUGUUUUUAUAUAUGGAUAUAUAUAUAUAUAAAAUGUCUGUGACUGAAAACUAUAUGUCUAGUAUUCAUUCAAAAUGAACUGUAAAACAUGUAAACUUUGAAACUACUGUACUUUAAAGAGAAAAAAUCUAUAAAGCUCUAUGACCUUCUUAUGUGUUUUAAGUUGAUGUUAAUUAUCUGACUAUCCAAGUAAUACACUAUCACAUAUACCUUGUUGUGUGAUCAACCCAAAUAAGCCUUAAUAUCAACCAUCUGAAUUCAGGAACUUGCAUCACUGCCAACUAAACAACACAACGAAAUAAACUGAAACUUAAUUAA